AUGAAAUUCAAUCGGGUCCUAUACCAAGUGCUUGGCCUGCUUUUUGGCUGCACAGCAACAAGCUGUUUAUUGUAUCCGGCAUCAUCUUCACUGGGUCUCACUUCCUCAGUUUCAGUACCGGUUACUGAGUUCUAUCCGGAACGGCGUAUACUCGUCGAUUGGUGCUUCGCCAUUUCCUAUAACCUGCCCUUCAACUUGAGCUCCUUCUACAGCAUUCCCAUUUGGCCAGGCUUCGCCAACUACCACACCAAGCGCGAGGUUCCGCGCACGCUGCCCAAUGAACUACAGCUCUAUGAGAAAUAUGGCUACAAUGCCUUGACGCAAAUACAUCCCAAGGACUUAUCAGCUGGGCAGCUGUAUAGCAGCAUCGAGGAUGCCCUAGCUUCCUAUGGCUUACACGAAACGUGCCUGCUGCGAACUGUGUGCGAGCUGGCCAGGCAUCCCUUUGACGAUGAGUAUCCGCACAUAUUGAGCGACAUCCUGACAUUUGUCUUCAGCCCCUCGCAGCAUCAGGGAUUCCUGGAGAGCGAACAUGUGUACAGGCAGGUCUAUGAACAGGCUGAACUUGACGGCUUCCUGGGCAAAGACUGCGCCCAUAUCUAUAGGCAUUGCAAACACGAUAUCUUGAAGUCUAUUAGCAAUGUCGUUUUUCAUAAUAAUUGAAGAAGUAAACAAAUGAUGUACACUGUAACGUCAAUGCGUUUCA